UCAACUCAGUAAUGUUAUCUGUAAGAAACGAACUCAAACCAGACCUUCGACCGUUGGCAAAACCCUAGCUGAUCAUCCAUUAAUCCAUGCCCAACAUCUCCAUUUCUGCGAACCUUCCCAUCUUUUCUGCUGCCCAUUUGAGGCUCCGGUUCCGGUUCCGGUUCCUGUUCCUCCAAUUUCAAUCAAGACCCAGUUCAUCAGUUUCGGUCCCGACGCAUCAACACAUAGCCCAUCUCAUCUUUGAUCAGAAAUCGGCCUCCCAAGCCCUUCAAACCUUCAGAUGGGCCGCCAAGAUCUCGAAUUUCACCCACAACCAAUCCACCUACAAGGCUUUGAUACACAAGUUAUGCGCCUUCCGUCGAUUUGAAACUGUAAAGGAGCUGCUUGACGAAAUGGCGAGCUCAAUUGGUUCACCUCCGGAUGAAGACAUCUUCGUGACAAUCGUUCGAGGACUUGGUCGGGCUCGGAUGAUUCGCGAAGUAACCAAGGUACUUGACUUGGUUUCUCGAUAUCAGAUAGAACCAUCUUUGAAAAUCUUCAACUCCAUACUGGAUGUUCUUGUUAAGGAAGAUAUUGAUUUAGCGAGGGACUUUUAUAGGAAGAAGAUGAUGAGAUGUGGAGUUCAAGGGGAUGAUUACACUUAUGGAAUCUUGAUGAAGGGCCUCUGUUUGACGAAUAGGAUUGCUGAUGGUUUCAAGCUUCUGCAAUUGAUGAAAUCUCGAGGUAUCACACCGAAUAUCGUGAUUUAUAAUACUUUGGUUCAUGCUCUCUGCAAGAAUGGGAAGGUCGGGAGAGCUAGGAGUUUGAUGAAUGUGAUGUUUGAGCCUAAUGAAGUUACUUUUAACGUUUUGAUAUCGGCAUAUUGUAAGGAUGGCGAUCUGAUUCAAGCAUUAGUGCUGCUAGAGAAGAGCUUCAAUCUGGGAUUUGUUCCUGAUGUUGUUACAGUCACAAAAGUGGUGGAAAUCCUCUGUAGCGAAGGUCGUGUCACAGAAGCUGUCGAGGUUUUGGAAAGAGUGGAGGAGAAAGGUGGCAAAACUGAUGCUGUGGCUUACAACACCUUGAUUAGAGGGUUUUGUAAAUUGGGAAAAGCAAAGGUUGGAUGCCGGUUCUUGAAAGAGAUGGAGAGCAAGGGCUGUCUUCCAAAUGCAAACACAUACAAUGAAUUGAUAUCUGGUUUCUGUGAUUCUGGGAAUUUGGAUUCAGCCCUUGAUUUGUGUCGUGAGAUGCGAAACGAUGGGAUCAGCCCAACUUUUGUCACAUACAAUACAUUGAUCUUGGGCUUGUGUUCUUGGGGUAGGAUGGAAGAUGGGUUCAAGAUUUUGGAGCUAAUGGAAGAGAGUAGAGGGGGAACUGGGGUUCAGAUUAGUCCUUAUAACAGCAUCAUCUAUGGUCUUUAUAAGGAAAACCACCUGGACAAAGCACUUGAUUUCCUCACCAAGAUGGAAAGCUCUUUUCCUAGAGCUGUUGAUAGGAGCUUGAGGAUAUUGGGGUUCUGCGAGGAAAGCAGUUUUGAGGAAGGGAAAAGGGUCUAUGAUCAGAUGGUCAAGGAAGGUGGUGUACCCAGUGCUCUGGUCUACAAGCACUUAAUUGAUGGUUUAUGUAAAAAAGGGGACAUACGAGAAGCAUUCAACCUGAUUGAUGAGAUGGUUGGCCAUGGUUAUUUCCCUGUUGCAUCAACAUUUAAUGCUCUCAUCAGUGGAUUCUGUAGGCAAGGCAAAGUGGGGCUUGCUUUAAAGUUCAUGGAGGAGAUGGUUGGGAGAGGAUGCCUUCCUGAUUCAGGGAGCUACAAUCCUCUGAUUGAUGCUCUAUGUAGUAAAGGGGAUAACCUGAGAGCUUUAGGGCUUCUUCAGCAAAUGGUUGAAAAGGGCAUUGGUCCUGAUUAUUCUACAUGGCUCUCCUUGCUGCAUCCUUCGAUUCAAGAGAAAACAUGGAUUGAAAGCAAUGACAUAUUAUCAGAUUUAGUCAAGUAUUAGAGACGAAUUGCAUUCCUUUUUUUUUUUCUU